AUUUAUAUGGCGCGAGAAUUACGGUAUUUUUCUAGGAUUUAUUUGUUCUAACCAGAAAGUGUGUUGUGUCCAAGGAAACGCUAUAAUUUUUCUAUUUCGUAUUGUAGUUAUGGCUGAAGUUAUUGGAGAACAGUUUCAAGGAAGUUGGGCAGAUCUUAACGACGAUUCUUUUGAGUGUAAUGAAAGGUACUAAAAUUUGGCCUAAAUUUAAGUACGACGUAUUAAUUUAUCAGACCAAAGCAAGAAAUGGAUGGGAUGGGAUGAUCGAGGUUGUACCGUUGAUUUUUCUUUUACACUUUCGAGGCUUCAGUCAGUAGGCUAUAAUUUAUUUAUUAGUAUUAGAAAUUAGUCUCAGUUUGACGCAUAUUCUAUUAAUUAAUAUUCUUCGGAUCUAAAUUAUAAUAUGCCGCUAAUUACUUCUUUAAUUCUUAAAACACUUAGCACAUUAAUUAGAAAAAAAAAACUAUUUGAGAAAGUGAACUGCCAUUUUCUAAUUCUAAUUCUAAUUCUUGGUCAAGAUAAACAUGAAUAUCAUAAUAAUAAUAAUAAAUAAUAAUACUCAUAUUUAAUAUUUUAAAGAUAGGCCAAUAUUGUAGUAUUAAAACUUAACAUAGAAUCUGGCAUAGGAAGGAUAUACAUUAUUAUUAUGAACUUGUGACCAUCCAAUAUUUUAUCUUUAGACUUUAGUAAUAAUUUAGGCUUAGUAGGCCUUAUUUUAGCUAAAGUUAAAAAAGUAAAAGGACAAUUUGGAUUGGCAAAUCUGAGUUAGGUCUAAGAGAAAAGAAUAAUAUGGUUGAACUGAUUUCACAGAAAUAAGAUUCUGUAAGCUACUACUACUACUUUGCUUACAUUGUAACAUUUCAAAGUCUUAAAACUUAAAUAAUCAUGUUGCCCGUGGGAUAGCCUGUUCUAAUUAAGUACUUAUGCCUGGCUUAGGCCUAUUUUAACAAUUAAUUAGCUUUUUUUGGCUUGCUAAAACUUAAAGGGUCUAAGUCUAUAACUAGUCUAACUGUAUUCAGUAUAUUCUAAGCUUAGUUUAGUUUCAUUUUCAGUUUCAAGGUACUGGUAAUAGGUUGGCCUAACUUAAACUAUUUUUUUUAUAAUUAAUGGGCCUAUUUAAUAGUGACUGGCAAGCUUUGAUAAGAAGAUUCUUAGAAAAUAUCAUUAAAAAUUAAAGUUAAACUUUAACUUGGAAUUAAAAUUAAAUUUAAACAAUUUAAAAAAAAAAAGAUAAGAUUUUGUCAGAAGAUGUAGCCUAACAAUACUAACAUUAUUUUUUAAGUCAUUGUGAUGACUGGUCAGUGUGGACACUGUGGACCAGAACUUAUUUAUAAAUUAAUGUUUGAGUGUCCUCUCAAUGUAUAACUUACUUUCAUUGUUUAUUAACGAGUAGUCAAUUAUAAUUAUGGAGUGUAUUUAUUUUGAUUUUAUAAUUUAUAGGCUUAAGUGCCCUAGCCCAAACUAAGAUCUUGAUUUUCUUUUUCCCAAAACAGGGAGAUUCAUCCAAAAAAUGAAGACAGUGAAGAUAUGCCACUCAGGUCAGGUUUUUAUGAGAAAAAGAAGCCUGAAAAUGAUCUUAGGAACAAAUUAAAUAGAAACAGGUAAAAACUUUCAUACACUAUCUAUCACUAACCAACAGAAGCUAAAGAGCUACUCUAGUAGGUAUCUGCAUUUCAGUGGUAGGAAAAAUAAGGGCAGUAAUCUCAAACUUGUUGUAUUUAAUGUAUAUAGGCUAGCUUAACAUUAUAAUCCUUCAGACUUUAGAACUAUGUCAUAUUUUAUAAAAUAACUGCAUCACGAAUAAAUCUGGGGGAAAGAUGCACCCUUAACCCUUUCAUUAGGGGACGCCCAUUAAUUAAGUCAACAAUUUUUAUGCAAUUUUUGGAGGAACCUCCCCUCUGUAAAAAAAACCGUCAAACCUUGUAUGGAAACAACGCCCCCGCCCCCCCCCCCCCCCCAUUUAAUUAUGUCAACAUUUUAACACCACCACCACCCCACACCUCCAACCCCCUAGAAUUAUAAUCUAAAUAAAUAUUUUAUGCAAUUUUUGGAGGACCCCCCCCCCUGUAAAAAAAACCGCCAAACCUUUUAUGGAAACCGCCCCCCCCCCCCCCCCCCCCCCCCAUUUAAUUAUGUCAACAUUUUAACACCACCACCACCCCACACCUCCAACCCCCUAGAAUUAUAAUCUAAAUAAAUUUAUAAAUGCUUUUUCCUUUGUGCUGAUCUAUUUAAAUGACAUAAAAUUGUAGAGAAAACAUUUCAUUACAUGUUUAGCUUGUUAAUCAACAAGUUAAAAAGAUUUACACUUAAAUUUUAUAAUGCAGAAACAAUUAAAAGAUUGUUAAGCAAUAAAUAUCAUUGUUUGUGGAAGUAUAAAUAUGAUUAUUGUCAGUAUACUUGACAAUUAUAGUAUAGUUUCUAGCUGCUAUCAUCUCCCAUGGAGUAGCCAGGUGCAUCUGUAUCGUAACAAUAUUUGGGUUAGGCAGGGAGCAUUUGCGCUGCCCCCCUGAUUUUGCUGGUUUUAUUUAAAUUGCUAUGUAUUGUGACACCUCCAGUAAUAAACAAAUUAACAAGCCGACCAAGUUUUGGAAAACCGCCGGUGUUGGUAUUGAUUUUUGCUGACUCUGCAAUUAUAAAACUUGAAGAUGAAACUUCCGGUAUUAUUUCAUUCUCUAUCCGAUUUGAUUAUUUACUUCUCUAUAGAUUAACGAAUAAAGAAAUAUAUACAGCAUUGAAAUAUGUCGUCGAUGUGGCAUCCUUGGUAUUUAAGAAAAUUUCUUUGUAUCUUUGUUAUGACGUCAAUGUGAUCUCCUUAGUAAUUGAAAGUAGGUGACCGUGAAGUCGCGUUGACGUCAUCGGUAAUGAAAAGUUUAAGUAAGUGAACAGAAAGAUUUCUUUUUUUUUUAAAUGGCAGUAGUCUACUGUGGUUUACCAGUAAAGCAACAGAAGCCAGAAUAAACUUGGAAAGUAAAGACAUUGUUAUGGGUGAUCUAAAAGCUCAUGGGUGAUCGUUAGGCAGUAACACUGAGAUAAGCAUCAUCUCAUGGUAUCAAAACAAACAUUAAUGUUCUCGUUGAGGUGACACAUUGCCAGUUGUACUUAAAUUGCACAGGUCCAUUGCAAAUCAAUUUUAAAGACUACUGUAAAAAUUAGCAUAUAAUCACUAAAAUUAUUUAAUUGAAUUUGGUGACAUUUUUUCAUUUGUUAGAACUUUGAUAAAUAAUGAUUUAAGGAAGUCUGAUUUGGUCUUGGCCUUCAAAGUCUUCAUGCAUCCUCCUUUGAGUAUGAGACCUAGAUUCUUAUUCACCUGAUACAUUUAGGUCAUCAUUUUCCAGUAUGUAAAGACAAUAUUUCACAACCCAUUUCUUGGUGACAUUUAUGUCACACAAAAAAGCAUUUUAUUUGAUGGGGGAUCAAAAUUUUGUCCAGAACAUCCAACAGAUGUAAUUGAAAAGUUAUAUUUUGUUUUCUCUUCUGUGUGUCAGACUAAAUUUGAGAUUUUAAAGUUUAUUUAAUAUAUUUUGAUGUAUUUAUUUGCUUUAGGAGAUUACAAGAUGAACAAAGACCAUAUAAUAGAGGAAGACGAGACAUCUAUUCUGGCAGAUCAAACUAUGCACGUCAUGAAGGCGAACUGAGUCCAUUGAGAAGUCCUAUUGAUCGUAGCAAAUCAAGCAUAUCAGAUAUGGAUAACAGUCGCAAUCAUAGGUAGGCAGUUAAGCUACAUUUGUAUUACAAAUAUUUUUUUUAGAAUGAGUAAAUAAUUUCUAACUAUUAAAUACUUUUUUAACAAUUAUUACACAGAUAAGUAUGCUACAACUGUUGAGAUGGUAUGUUAGUUGUGUAAUAAUUACUGGAAUUAAUCUAGUCUAAAUUUGUUUGAACGUUUAAAAAUUAAAUGUAAGCCACUCCUCACCUUCUACAGAUUUUCAAGAACUCAGGGUUCCCAGAAUAAUUCUAAUAAAAGCUACCAUUGCAGCACACAAUCCCCAGUAAGACACCCUCGAAAUAAAUGGGUUGUUGGAACUGAUUCUACAUCAGGGAGUGAGGAAACCACGCCAAAAACUUUCAUGUCAGAAAGUGAUUUGGAAAAGUAAAAAGAAGAAAAAAAAUUGUUACUGUUGUGAUUUCUUUUAUUUGAAGUUUUGAAGUUAUUUUACACCUGUUUGUUCUAACACAAAUUAUGUUUUCCAUCUAACAUGCAUGUCAACUUAACCCAGAAUGAAGAACAAAAUUCAGUUUAUUUGUUAAAUCUAUCAGAUAGUUUGUUUUAUUAUAACAAAUACAUUCCUUACUUUCAAGUGUGAAAAUAACUUAAUUCAAUAGUAUUUAGAGAAUCAGUGUACCAUAAGACAUCUAUUAAUAAUAAAACACACUAUUUCCAUAGUGGCACCCCAACACUCUCCAGGAUUCAUUCUGGUCAAAGGCAACGUCAAUCAUGGUAAAUUGAAGUAUAAUAAUAUUAUACACUAAUGGCUGGUCCAACUCCUGGCCGAUUGGGAAUUUCAUAAAUAUGGAAAAUCUAAUUUGAUUUUUCUAUCUAGUAACAAUAUUUCUUUUUUUUUGAAUUUUAAGACAUAAUAGUUAUGUUAAAAAAAUGCUAUAAACACGCUGAAUCACGAAUUCAACUGAUCCUGUUUCUAGACCUGUCACUGUUUUUUUUAAAUUUAAAUUGUUAAACACAGUUUGUUUGAAGUGAACUUUGAGAUAAUUUUUUUUAAAACUUAUUAAAUAGUUCCCAUAAGAUUUUAUUUUUUUUACAGAAUUUAAUCGGCCAGACUUUAUGCAUCUUCAUGCGUUUUUUACUUCAGGUCUCGUCGGAGAUUGCAGCUUCCGUCUGAAAAUGAAGAAUCUGAAGGUGAAGGAUGUGAACAAAAACCAGUACUUAAAGAAGAGUAAAUACAUUUUGUUUUUCAUUUUUAUAUACUUUAUUUAUUCCUUAUGAAUAAUGUAUUUUUCUUUAUAUUACAUUUGACAUGAUUGUGUGAGUGUUCAUUGUUUUUCAUUUUUUCCGCUUUUUCUAGGAAAGGAAAAUUAGGAGCACAGCUUAGUCUUCCAACACAUUUUUUAUCUGUUGAUUUUGCCACAAAAAUCCCCUUAGAUUGCUAUUUUCUUGUUAUUCAUUUUAUGAGGAUGUAGGGGGAAAAAUUACAGAUAUUUUAUGUGAUGUGUAUCACCCAAAGUUCAUAUCAAGGAAGAUGAUUAAGUAUAACUUUGUAUUAUUUAUAAAUUUGAUGUUGUUGGUUUUAACAAUGUUUUUCUAAAGAAAUUAUUCUAAUGAAUCAUUAAUCCUUGUUGAUAAUCCUUGUUGUCACAUUGCUAACAUUUUUAGAUCAAAAUGUAACUUAAAUCAUUUAUUGAUAUUUUGUUAAAAUUCAAAAACCAAUUGUACUUUUGUCUAGUCCUUCAGAAAAUGUCAUACUUAGUAAUUUCUUUUAUCUUUGAUAUUUAAGAAAAACAAAAAACAAAAAUUUUUAGGACUUGUUGAUUUAAUGUUAGACAAUUAAGUGCUUAAAUCUGUUUAGUUUACAAAUAUUAUUACUGAAUAAAUAACUGAUAACUAAGAGGAAGAUUAUGUUCUAAUAUAAUGAUCAUAUUUAACUAGGAAAUAUUAACUGAUCUUUAUUUUCCAUUUUUUUAUGUUAUAUUAUGAACUGUUCCAUUUUUUAAAUUUUAGAGAUGCUGUAAGGCUAGCAAGAAGAGAUAAAGAUAUUUUGUAUGGCAAAAGUACAGAUGCAUACAAAAUGUACAUAGCAGUUAUUCCCAAGUAAGUUUACUGCUUGUUUACUUUUAUACUUAAAACCUUUUUUCAAAAGUUAGUCAUAAAAAAAAAAUAUUUAAUGCCAAGGGUGAAAAUUAUUAUUAUUGUUUUGUUUAUAAAAAAUCCUAUUUCACGUCAUCUUUAGAAAUGUGCGCAGUGGUGAUAUGAAGUUUCACCCAAGAACCCCAGAGAAAUUCAGAAAGUGUAGUCGUAGAUCAUGGGAUUCCCAGGUCAAAAUAUGGAAACGUCGUCUUCAUACAUGGGCUGAAUUAUAUACCAAAACAACAGACUCAGACACGUAAGUGCAUUGCUCAUAGGAAUGUUGAUCUUUAUAAGUUUUUUAAAAAUAUAUAUAUAUAUUAUGUAAUUGAAAUUAAAUAUAAAUAAUACUUACCCCUUUAAAAAUUUAGGCAUUUUAUUCAGGAAAAGGCAGCAAAAUUUAUUAUUUUUAUGGGUUCUUUACAACUUAUUUUUAACGAGUACCUGUAUCAUUUUCAUUAAUCAAUUAUCAACUGCCCAUUGCCUGUACAGCAUGAAGAAUCCAUCCGUUCCUUUCUAGAUUUUGUUUGUGCCUGGCAAUAAAUGAAAAUUUUGAUUCACCUUUUAUUCACAUAAUUCCUAUAAAGCCAUUACAUGCCAGUAAAUUAUCGUCCGCAUUUUAUUACUUUGAUUUAUCAACAUGGCUAAAAACUAAGUAGGUUAAACUGAUUCAGAAUUGAACAUACUAUCUGUACUUUUAAAUACUGUAUUUUUUUAAAUACAUGUGCCAACAGUUACACUAAUUGUGACUAAUCAAAGUUAUUCAUUUCUUGUUAACAAGCAUGGAGGCUGAAAAACCAACAUAAUUCAUAGCAAAGUGAUCUCAAAUCUCGAUUUCAAAUUGCAUUUAUACUUAGAUGAGUCUGAUGAUUCCUUUAAUUCUGAUUAUGAAUUUGAGUUUUGAGGGAGUUGUUCGCCCCAAAUUCCUAGUCUGGUUAUUUUAAAGGUUUAUAUAGAAGAGACUGAGUUUACUAUAUGUGAUAGAAAUAUUCAAAACAAGUUAAACUAAAGCUUCAUUUAUUUCUGGUUACUCUAAGAGUGUCAGCUCUGCUUCGUCAGGUAAAAGAAAGGGAAAGACAGAUUAAGUACCUUUAUUACCAAAAUUGAGGACAAAAAUAAUGUGAUAUCAGUAAAGUAGUACCCCUGAAAGCUAGGUCUUUGGGUAAUUCAUAUGACUUUUAAAAAAUCCCAAAGAUCAGGAAUUAAAAAAUCCCAAAGAUCAGGAAUUUAUUUGACUAAGCAUAUAAUUUAAAUUAUUAAAAUAUUGAAAUUGAGCCAAAAAAUUUGCUAUAUUUAUUGGGUUAAUUAAAAAUGUGAAUUAUAAUUUGUAUAACAUGCACAGCUGUCAAUCAUGAACCUUCCUCAAUGGAAUCAUACCUUAAAAAAUUGGCAAUUUAAUUUAUGGCUGAAUCUUCAGAAGCAUUAACUAAUUGUUACAUGAGACCUAACAGCAAAUGGGGAAAAAAGAAUUACAAUAAGUAAAUGUAGUUCAAAUCUAUUUUGAUUCAUUUUUAACUUGGAACAAUCAUGAAAAUUCCUGUGUGAAGAAGAAAUCCGAGACCACCUGAAACAUUGUACAAUUGUUUUGUCUGUUGCUAUGAAUGUUGUUUUUAAAAAAAACAUUGUUUUCCUACAGGAUAUUUGAUAGCCCCAAUAAAGUCAGUUCCGACACUGUUGAAGCAGAGACUUCCUCGGCUAAUAAGAGUGACGACGAGGAUGAUCUUAAUCUUGAUUCCGAUGAAGAUGACGAAUCAUUCUUGGAUAGCGUGGACAUCAAUUUUUCAGUCGCUGAACGAAUGGAGGAUACAGUUACACUACAGGAUCAAUAAAUGAGCGUAUGAGGUCUCAACAUAUUAUGUUAAGGGUAUUCUUGUUGAUAAACAUCCUGUAUUCAGACAUUUUAGGUAAUGUCAAAUAUGAAAUUUACCAACCGGUCAAUAGUUUUUUCUAUUAUGCUUUUGAAAUAUACCUGAAGGGUGAAUAUUUAAUUGGCAGCAAGAAAUGUCAUUUCCUAUAAAAUUAUGUACAUACUUUUCAAUUUUUUUUUAUUUAGUUUAAAAUCUAUUUCUAUUCUUGGCAUAGAUGGUAUUACUUUACCCAGCAAAAGGGUAUUUUUCAUCUAAUGAAUGGAAAGGUGAGAAAGGCGGUGUAAUUGUAGAUCAUAUUGUUUCUUUUGCAAUAGCUAAGAUUUAGUUAUUUAUUGUUCAAAAUGUGAAUAGACUCAGUUUAAAAAUACAUAGGGGAGCCAUUUUUAAAGAAAUGAGAUACAUUUUUUAAAAAGUCUUGGCUUGAUUUACUAUUAGUAACAGCUUAAAACUAUAACUGACUUUUCCUUGGCAUAGAUGGUAUUACUUUACCCAGCAAAAGGGUAUUUUUCAUCUAAUGAAUGGAAAGGUGAGAAAGGCGGUGUAAUUGUAGAUCAUAUUGUUUCUUUUGCAAUAGCUAAGAUUUAGUUAUUUAUUGUUCAAAAUGUGAAUAGACUCAGUUUAAAAAUACAUAGGGGAGCCAUUUUUAAAGAAAUGAGAUACAUUUUUUAAAAAGUCUUGGCUUGAUUUACUAUUAGUAACAGCUUAAAACUAUAACUGACUUUUCAUGGUAUUAAUGACUUACAUAAAACAGUAAUUAUUUACUCUUAGUUAUUAGUGCUGGUACCAUCAGAUCUACAAAAAAUUUUAGUUUAAUGCCACCUUGCAAAUGAAUUGUUCGGCUAGUUCUCACCUGAAUAAAUACAUUUUUAUUAAAAUUUAAAUUAUGCAGUGAAUGCUAAUCCAGCCCAUCUCCUACUAAAAUAUCAAAUUUAGCCAAGAUAAUAUAUGGCUGAUAAAUUUUUUUCUGAGCCUCAUUAAUCUUUCACUUAUAUCUGUGGCCUGGUAUUGAAAAGUGUGAGCAUGCAUGUUUUACUAUGCUCUAGCAACUGUAGUUCAAGGACUUCACUCUAGCUACUAUAGUUCAAGGACAUUGCUCGAGCUACUAUAGUUCAAGGACUUUGAAACACUUGGUGCUUUUUUUUCCUAGAGUAAUUUUACUUGCAGAAAAUGGUUCACUUAAGAUUUUUUACUUAAACAGUCAUACAAUAAUGUAAGAUUAUUUUAACACAAGACAUGACAUUUUGUAUAAAUGAAUUUAGGUUUUAGUACUUUAUAAUUAUUUUUGUUAUUCAUUUAACUUGAAUUGUUUUGCUUAAAUUCCAUCAUCUGACUGUCCAUAGUGAUUCCGAGAUGGAUGCCUGUAGGAUUAGCGGAACAUCUGUAUUGUAUUGAUAUAACUUGGCCUCACUUAAUCCCACACCAUUUUUUAUGCACGCGAUGUUGCUUGAAGAUUGGACUGUCACUGUCAUAUCUUGAUAGGCCCACGUUUACCCUCGGCGUAAGUGUUAUAUCUUUGUGUAUGGGCGUUAAUUUAUUAAAACAUCUUUUUGUUGCAAUAAAUAAAUGUAAGAAAACCUUUUUUAUACAACCUUUAUCACAGACAUGAAUGAGCCCAGAAUGUGUUCCAUCUUUUAUUCAGGUAUAAAAUUCUAUGCUGUACUGAAACUUGUAUUCGUCAGUCAUGGUUACACUAUUGCUAACAUAACAUGGUGUAUAAGUAUAAGCUAUCAUCCUAUUUAUGAUGUUAUUAUAUCCAUCGGUCACUAACAUUUCAGUCUGUUCUUGGCCAUAUUAUAAUGUCAUUGUUGUUUGUUUGAUUUUUUUUCCUAUUCACUUGCAACAUUUCUUUUAUAAAGUAAAAUUUAUGAAUUAAACUAAAUCAAUAAAAUAUAUUUAAAAA